CUUUAGCGUCUUUGCUAGAACAUUUUGCAAAACCAGCUAAAGCGAUAAAAUUUCCUGUGGCUAGUUUUUAAAAACUAAGAUAAGUAAAAAAUGUCUGAAGAAGAACAAACGCCUGCAACUGAUCCACCAGCUGAAGAAGAAGCUGCUGCUGCUGCUGCUGAGAAAACGGAGGCUGGCGAAGGAGCGGAGGGUGAAGCAAAAGGAGAAGCCAGUGGCAGUGCUGACGCGGAAGCUAAAGGAGAUGAGAUUAAGGGUGACGAGGAGAAGACAGAGGAAACUAAAGGAUCAGAAGGUGAAGCGAAAGGAUCUGAUGGAACGGCAGAGGACACUGGCGGAGGUACAGAAGAUGCCAAAAAGGAGGGAGACAAGGGCGAGGAAAAGCCAAAAAACGAGGAAGAGGCCGAGGGGUGUUGUUGUAUUUUAAUAUAGAAAAAAUAAUCAUUACACUGAGAUACUAACUGAUAUACCAUGUAGCCUUCUCCGCAGACAUUAGUGUAAUACUCUUCGAUACAGUAAGAUUUAUAGUUACACUCUAGGUAUAGUGCAAUAAAAUGUAAUAUACCUAUAGUAUAGAACAUAAAUAAACACAGAAACUUUAAAUAGUUUUGACAUUAUACUGCGGAGAAGGCUAUAUCAAAUGCACAACUUAGGUAGGUGGGAAUAGAUCUUCAUUCUUCAUAUAGGGCAGCUGUAAGGAACUUUUCAUCAUUUUACAUUAGCAUAUAGUCGCAUAUAUACAGCCAAAGAACUGAAUCUAACGUGAAGUGGUUUUCCACAAUUAAUGCAUGACAUCACGAGAUUUUCUAAUCCAUUUAAGCUUAUCUUAGCUUUAACUUUAUACUCUACGAUUUGAAGAAUCUAAACGUUUUGCAAUCUCGGAUCCAAAUAAACCCCAAAAUAGUGGUGCGAGGAAGCUACUGUUUUUGUUACAAUAGAUGAUAAAUAUUUGAUGAAUAGUCCUUACGCAUGAACUACGCAUUUUCAAGCACGUAUUCUUGUAGUUAGGCCAUAUUUUGUAUUUUAAUUUGAACUUUAUGUCGUAAUAUUGUACAUGUAUUAUAUACUAUACCAAAUUUUACAAAUGUUUUACGGACUUUUACCGAAAAAUUUUUCCCUAGAAAUAACAGACAUAGAUAUCCAUAAUGGUGUAUCCAGA